CUCUCCCUCUCUCUCUCUUUCACAUAAAUUUUCUUCCUAUAUCUCUCUAAAAGUAUGACUCGUCGAUCAUGAUUGCAUGAAAAUGGCCUUCUUCCCCGCCAAUUUUAUGCUGCAAACUCAUAAUGAAGAUGAACAUCAACCCUCUACUUCUCUCAAUUCAAUUCUUCCCCAUUGCAACUCUCGAGACUUCCAUGGUGUAGUUUCACUUACCGGGAAGAGAUCGUCGGUGUUUUCCGAUGCUUGUGAAGAUAAUCACGGGGAGGAUGAUUUGUCAGACGACGGAUCACAACUGGGAGAGAAGAAGAGGAGGCUUAACAUGGAUCAAGUGAAGACACUUGAGAAAAAUUUUGAGCUGGCGAAUAAGCUCGAGCCUGAGAGGAAAUUUCAGCUGGCUCGGGCUUUAGGCCUGCAACCGAGGCAGAUUGCGAUAUGGUUCCAAAACAGGAGGGCAAGGUGGAAGACAAAGCAAUUGGAGAAAGAUUAUGAAGCUCUUAAGAAACAAUUUGAAGCUGUUAAAGCAGAUAAUGAUGCCCUACAAGCACAAAAUCAGAAACUUCAAGCUGUGAUACUGGUUCUAAAGAAAAGGGAACCAACGGAGUCUAUCAAUCUGAACAAAGAACUGGAAGGUUCUUCUAGUAACAGAAGUGAAAAUAGCUCGGAUAUUAAGUUAGACAUAUCAAGAACACCAGCAAUUGACAGCCCUUUACCUGCUCAUCCCCAGAACAGACCCCUCUUUGCACCUUACAUGAGGCCUAAUGGUGCAGCACAACUUUUCCAGACGUCGUCUAGACCUGAUAUUCAGUGCCAGAAACUGGACCAAACUGUGAAGGACGAAAGCUUCUGCAGUAUGUUAUGCAGCAUGGACGAUCAAACCGGGUUUUGGCCAUGGCUAGAACAACAGCAUUUCAGUUAAUCUGAAACUACUAAUGGCCCUAUAACUAAGUAUAAUCAAUAUGGAUUUCAUCAUAAUAUUUUAAGAGUUAAUUUGAAUUCUUGAUUUUGGCACUUGGGCUGGUAUAGAAAUUAAUGUAUAUGGAUUAUCUUUGCUUUA